AUGAUUACAGAACUACAAGAAAGAAACAGCGCACCACGUGAUCAUAUACUUUUUGGAUUGUUUUUAGUUGUCGAAAGCCAUACGAUAAACCCGACCCCCGAGGAGGAGAUGCCCAGCAUAAUCGAUCAGACAACCGGGAAGGAGUUCAAACCCAACUUGCUCAUCAGCACCAAGAACCUCACGAGAGGACUGGGAGGUCAGAUCAGGGAGAUGGCGGCCAUCACGUCGAUGUUCGAAUCCAUAGAGGCGUUCAGAACCAAGGGCAUGACCAAGCCCAGGAACCCGAUGAUCUUGACGUUCGAGGAUCAGAAGAAGGUCAAGCCGAAGUUGCCAAACGGCCCGGUUUUGAUCAACGGCAAGAGACUCAGCAUCAGGGACACCAACGGCUCCAUCAGGGAGCUUGAUUAA